CUGGCCAUUAAUCAAUUCUGUUCUGAACAACUGCAUGUACUGCAUGUAUGGACUCAAUCCGUUUGUUCCUCAGUACAGUCUGAGUUCCAGUCUUGUCGAUCUGUAGACUUCACAACAUCAAUUAAGACCAGUUGCCAUACUGAAGGAUGUCGCAGACAUCUGGUGGAGACAAGUGGUGGCGUUGCACCAAUUCUGCGUGUAAUCAUCCUCCUGACAUUCCACUAUCGGUUGGAAUUACUUUCCGUUCGUGUCCCUACUGUCGCCUUGUUCAAGAAUCGAUGUUCCAGACAAACGAGUCCAGACAAGAAGUCACUGAGUCUCUGCAAAGAGCAACCCUUCACCUUGAGGCUGACCUGGUAGAACGAGCAUCAAACCUUGCUCCUAAUAUCUCUGAAAGCCGAACCCGAACCCGUACCCAGGAAUCACUGGAGAACGCUAGUCAAACCCCGCCCACAUCUCGUAAUGUAUUGCAAGUACAGUUUACCCCCGAAGCAAGACAUACUGGUGCGAUAAAGCCGACUGAAUCUCACAGUGCUGGUGAGGGCAAUUCUCAACAAAAACCCUCCAAUGACCCACCUGGAGAAAACCCCACAUCAGACAGCAAAGGCCCACCUGGAACUUCGGGGAAAAACCUAUCACCAGGCAGCAGUGGCCCUCCAGGAGAAACCCCCAAACUAGACAGCAGCUCUCCUGGAAAAAACCCCACACCUGACAACAAUGGCCCACCUGGUACUCUUAUCUCGGGAAUCACUGAUAACCUAAGAGACCAUGAUGCCUCAGGGGCAGGAAAUAAGGAUAGCAACCCAACUGGCAACCCAAAGGGAUUACAAGGUGACGUCUCAAAGCCACAAAGUUCUCCAGAUGUACAACGUGAACAUUCCACUCUGGAUAAUGAUCCAGUUCACAAGAGGAGUCCUGUUCGGACUUUUUGCAAUACGCACCUACUUACUCCUUCGGCUAGGUUUUGUGCAGACUCGUACAGAGCCAGUGCUAAACAUACUCCAAAAGAAACUAUUACCAGUCAAGAAACUAACCUUCCUAGUAAUUCAAGUAGAAACCAAGAAGCCUCCUCCAAAACAGGGACUGUUAAGGAUUUUUUAACGCGGUUUGAAAAAGAGGAGAAUGUUAGGGUGUCAGUGCCUGCAGUCAUACCAACUUCAAACAUUAGUACCGAAACAGCAAUGGGUGUUAAUUAUAUGCUGAAGAAAAAUCCACGAAAGCGUACGAUUGUGACCAACGAACAGUUUUUUAUUAAGCGGUUCAAACCAGAUGAUUGUACUGAAAUUGACCCAUUACUCUACUUUAGCUCUGAUGAACCCAACAAAAUGUCAGAGGCUGCUGUUUCCGAUGCAAAAAAUGAAAGUAGCACAUCACCUGAAAUAGAAGCUAGAGUUGAUCUCAACCCUUCACAUAGUUCUGAUGCUAAUAUGCUUACUUAUAAAAAGGAUGAUUCUGCUGGAAAUUUAUUUGAGCCAACAGAAAACAAGAAAUUUAAAAAGAAGAAGAAAGGUAAGCAUUUUGGAACUAUGUCUGAAGAAAAGUCUGCUACAUCUGACUUGGGAACCGUGUCUGGGAAUCAAGGAGCCACUGUUAACCUAGUUUUUCAUGUGAUCAUCCCAAAACAGUUCUGGGAAUGGGAUGAUCAAUCGUAUGUGUCUCUACGCUUUGGAAACCCUGAGUUAGGGUCUUGGAAAAAAGAUUGUGGUGAUUUUUCCCAAUUACAUGUCACUGAGAGCCUCUUUGAAAUGACUUGUCAAUUGGAACUUAGUGUAGAGCUGUUAAAUCUUCAAAUUCCAUACAAGUAUGUUGUGUUCACCGAGAAGUCUCUGACGAAAAAAGACGGGUGGUAUGAGUUCAUUCGUUUGCCUGAAAGAACACGAGGAGAUCUGAAUAGAGCACUCAACCUCAGCCAGGGAGAAAUACAACAAGCAACUGUUGAAGGUGUGUACCACCAGUAUGACAGCAUGGUGUUCCCAAGUGAUGUACUGAUAACAAGAGACCUUGGUGAAAGAUUUAUGUCCGGUGUGAGGAGUUUAUUGCUGUGGGGGAAGAAAAAUGAAGCAACUUCGAAGGAUAACCUUGAAGUUCCUGAAUAUUACAUUAUAUUGCAAAAUUGUCUCAUGUUCUACAUUGAUGCUAAUUAUAGAGCAAUAAUUUCCACUGGCCAAUUUUCUGAAUCAUUCCCUCUUGCAAUUGUCGUUCGAAGAGUUUAUCAUAUCUUCACUUGUUUGCUUGAAAGUCAGUUUAUAUACCAAGAAGGUCCUCGGAUAAAGUCGUUUAAACCAAGUUUCCGAAAACAACCUUUACAAGAGGCCAUUGUCCGUGUAUUAAAUUCUGCCAUUACAACACUUCCAAAUGGAGAAACCAAGCAGUUGAUGUGUGCUAUCUUCAUCCUGUCGUGCAUAUCAGAAUUGGAUAUUCCAUUCUACACUGAAGGUUUUCAAAUUCUCUCUUCAAAAUUGCUAAGGUUGAUGUGUGCAUAUGGAGAAGAGGAUGGCUUUAGUGAGAAGUGGUCGGAGUUGAAGCAAGUUUUCAAAAACGGGAAUAACAGGAGACGAAUUGGUGGGAUUGCUAGUCGUAUGUUGAAGUAUAUUUCUGAGCAACAAGCAACAAAUUUAGAAUGGAUGUACGGCUUACCUCUUCAUAACUUCUUGAUGGAAAAUUCAGAACCAUUUGACAGUAUUAAUUCAAUGAGUGUGGAUGUUCUUAUGGAUAACUGGAAGAAAUUGAGUCAGAAAUUUCCUCUAUUAAAUAUCAGAGGAAAAUUAGCUGGAAAUCGCCAGCUCACGAUUAUGAAACAGUAUUAUCCAAGUAUGCUCUUUCUCAUGAAGAUGGACCCUCUUACUCUUCAAGCCUUUGUAUUCAUUUGCCCUGAUCAUGAGCUUGAUAAUCUUCUUGCUUUGAUUCCGCCGCACGUUGCUACUACGUGGGUCUCGUACCUUCUUCAUGUGUUCCACUAUCGACCAUCAACCAAAGAUGAAGUAACGAUGUGGGCUGGCUGGCUGAGUGUUAUCCAGAAAAAUAUCACUUCAUAUCUCGAAAGUGAUCCAUUGCAUCUCGUGGAGUCGACAGUUCUCCUUUUCGAGAGGUGUACUGCCAGUAUGAAGAGCUCUGAUGAUCACUGUUUACAAGUUCUUAAAACUGUGAUUUCAAAUUUUUUAGAGUCUAUUGCAUGCUACAGUUAUGUCUGCACUGCUAAUAUUCCCAUUAUACAAACAAAAAUUGAAGCAACUCAGAAACUGCUACGAAGUUGGCUCUCUUCCGAAAAAGUAGUUGGAGGAAACAUGUUUGGCAACCACCCAGUAUAUUAUGAAAAGAAUUGUCUGUUGAUGAGUCAUGUUGAAGUAAAGAUUUGGAAGAGCUUUCUUUCUGUUAAGUGUUCUAGCAAUACAGUGGAAACUAAAUGGCAACAAGCCAUGGAAGUUGUUUUAAAGGAGCGGUUAAGUAAGGUCCCUCCUGGAUGUGCUGUCACACUACUCAAAAAUGUGGAGAGCAAUAGCCAAGAACAUGAAAUAUUGAAAAAUGCCGUCAUGGAUGUAGCAACCAAAGGUGCUGAACAUGUUUUUUUCGAGCAACCUGACAGAGCUCUGAAAAGCUUUACAGAUAUGAUAAGUACAGACUCAAAACUUCUGGGAGUUGUUCUUGGAAAGGUUUUGAAGAAGCAGUACCCUGAUUUGAACAGUUACUGGAUCACUCUCGAUGUUCUGCUUGACUGGGUCCUAUGGCCAAACUAUCUUAAAAUAGUUCAUCAAGGAAGUGAAUCUCUAUUGAAGGACGGGCUCCCUGAAGAGUGCCGUGUUGUAUGUGCGUGUGCUUCUUCUAAGUUUGAGGAGAUCUGCAAUAGACUAGAGAAAGCAAAUGUUAGUUUCAAGGAGCUCCGUAAAAUGAAAGACAAGGAGAAGCAAGUUCAGCGGUUGUGUGAAGCUGUUACUGAAUCAGAAAAUAGUCAAUUAUCUUAUGAGAAAGUUGUUUGUAGUCUUAAUCAAAGGCUUAAAGAAUUCAGCCACUUCUCCCGUCGUCGACAGGCUUACCUUGAAAUUUGCAAGUGGAUUCUAAACUCAAGCAACCCAAAGCAAAGCACUGCUGUUAUAGGAAUUCUGGAGCUGAAAAGAGAGAUGGAAAACAAUUUUGAUCAUAUGAACAUCAGUGAUCUCUGUCAACUAGACGAUGAUGACCAGUUACAACUUUGUUGCUUGAAAUCUGCUCAGCCUCUCGAUGUAUUUGUGGACAAUUUUGCCAUAAUGAUGCGCAAAAGUCCAAUUAUCUUUGCCCGCAGAUUGACCAAGAAAUUAAAAGAGGUUUUAGCAACAUUAGACACUAAAAUUACAGUUAAUGAAAUUUUUUCUAAGAUUUGGCAGCCAGCAUUCACCUUUUGUCAGAAUCUUCUGACUAAUCUUGCUGAUCGGAGCAUGAAGCUGGAUUUUGUUGACAAGCAUCUUACACAGUUUUCCAAACAUCUCUCAAAUAAUGUGAAUAACUUAGCAGAAGCAAUAAGAAGUUGUUCCCAGCCUAUCCCCCAAUCACACCAACUUCAAUCUGCGGUGAAAAAAGUGCACGACUACUGGCGAUUGUGCAGAUAUGAAGAUGGUGCUCGAGUGUUUCUACAGCUUAAAGAUGUUCUCAAUCUGAAGGGAGAUUUCAGCCUCAUUGAAAAGUAUUUUUCCGUUCAGCUCAAGGAGUCAAUGAAAGACCAAACAAUUGAUGCCAUCGAUGAUACUUUAGUUGACACUGGUGACUUUUUGAAAGAGAUUGUUGAUCAUCCUUCAAAGCACGAAUGUCUCAAAGUUUUUGGCGAGUGCCAAGGGUUGAUAAAAUGGCUUCGAAAGUUCACCACAAGUGUCAACGACAUCCAGGGUUUCGUAACGAUUGCCCUAGCCACUGCUGCUGGAGGAGAAGAUGACUUGGCCAGUGACAAGCUAUCUCACUUACGAAAUGUUGGCAGCGGGUAUGCAUCACUUAUCUACGAGGUGAAUGAGUUAGAUGGCUACAAAAAGCUCAAGGACAGGUGCAAAUCUCUAUGGGAUGCCUUGGAAAAGAACCCCAACCUGCCAGAAUUACUGGUGAGCUGCAACGACGACAUUGAGUGGUACAAAUCUGUGAAGGAGACCCAGGGCUCUGUGGAAACCACCUCCUAUGGCCAGAUGAGUAACAUUUUAAAGUAUGGCACGUACAGAGUUGGCUUUAAGAAGAACGCUCAGACUGUUCAUGACCUCAUCUCUGUAACUCUGAGCCGGCAGAAGGUAGUAAAGUGGAAGUAUUCUUUAGACGAGCUUCGAGACCUUGAGAGCAAGCUGGUGCUAAUUUGUGGAAACAAAGCGGAAAACAGGGCCGAGGUGGAUGACUACCUUAAUCUUCUGCACAGUGCUACUAGAAUAGCUGAGCUCUACCUUGACCUGCAAAAAGCUGGAGAAGUUACCUACACUGAUGUUAGUCUUACUUUUCGAUGUGCCGUCUUCAUUGCAAACCAACCUGGAGACGAUGACGUCCAAUUUAAUGAGGCCAAGGCAAAGAUUACCUUGCAGAAUUACAUUAGGGCCUUGGAUAGACAGUUGAUUGCUUGGAAAGACAGUGUGAACAAUGCUCGUGGGAAGUACUACGAACUAAAUUACUUCACCACGAUUCAACUUCUCCAGCUGAGAAAGGAACUGGGCAUGCUCACUCAGUCCAAUGCAACCCACAUUGUGAAACCCAAUGUGCUAAUGCUACUGAAGAGUAUCUCCCCACAAGUUGACAGUAGGGUGGUAGUUGACGCAAUGCAGGCAUCCACACAUGCCACACAACCUGAGCCAAUGGACUAUGAUGGUGAAAUGGAAGCCAUCACCACUGCUACCGCCAUAACUACACCCACCGAUGUCGAAGUUAUGGAAUCCUCUCCUGCUUUUGAAAAACAAGAUCCUCAACAGUUUAUCUCAUCACCCUCAGCAGCACUCAAACUGCCUUCACUCAUGUACGAGAAUUUAACUGAGCAUCAACAGGAAACAUAUACACAUUGUGUUAACUUCUUCGGCUAUUCUAAAAGGCACGUACUGAGAGCGUUUAAGGAGUGUGGCAAGGAGGCGACUAUAUAUGACAUAGAACCGUGGUGUGUUAGUAAUGAGGACAUCACACCAGACGAGGAGCGUAGUGUGGGCCCGCUUGAGAUGGAGGAAGAUAAGACCGACAUCUAUGACCCUCUUGACGACUCAGAUUCUGAUAAGGGCAUGGACACAACUAGAGUUCUGUCAGAGUCACAAGCCAGCACAGUAUCUGCUGCUGAACUAGAAGGGCCACUUUCUAACUUUAGUCUCCAAAUUAAGACAGUGGUGACAGUAGAUGAGAGUCACCCGGGAGUGCAGGAGCUAGUAGAAGCAGGUUAUGAACUCCAGGAUUGUGUGGAGGCUAUAGAACAAUCCCUGGGAGACAUGCAGGAAGCCAUAAAGCUACUGGAUGCUAGAGAGAUGGGAGAAGGGGCCCAACCUGGAAUUUUUGUGCACUCCAAAAGCAAGGAGGAAGAGCCAAAUUGGAUGGAAGACCAGGUUGCUGAGGCUGAUGAAGAUCAUUUCAUAGAGCAUCGAGGUUCUGAUGCCGGUAGCAGCUAUUUGCCGCUUGAUGACCUAGGCCGCGUGCUAAAAAGUAUCAGCACUCUUGUACCAGGUGCUGUGGAUCAACAGAGGAGCUUUAACACAACUUACCUCAAUGCUGGACAUCCCAAUCUUCUGGUUACAGCACCAGACGAUGUACUGAGUAGUGUGCUGGCCCUGUACACAGAAGACCACACCCUCCCACUCCCCACACAAGAGGAGGUCCUUCUUUGUACUUGUAGAACCACCACUGAAGAGGUCAGUCUGCUGUGGCGACGCGCCAUUGAUGACCCUGAAUACAAGAGAGUAUUUUGUCUGGCUCAUGCUGAGAGGCUUUCCUACCAGGUCUGCGAUGCUGCUCUCAGAUCACUGGAGGAGCUGUCUCAGGGAAAGACGCGUUAUCAUUUGGUCGUGAUAUGUGGCAAAGAGAAAGAGGAUACGUCGCACAUCAUCUCACGACUGCACUUUAACCGACGAGAAGUGGUCCCCACGCUGGUGGUAGAUAAUUGUAGGGAAUAUCUCAAGGCACACUUUGUGCACCAAAUGGACAUGGAGUUGGAUUGUCAGGUGACACCCAUAUCAGACCAACGGGCCUCCAUGGUGGAUCCUGAAAACUCCUGUGUUCGUGUGGUAUCCUCCACCCGCUCUGGUAUGGGAAAAUCCCUGUACGUUAAGAAGAUAUCUGCAUCUUUGAGAAAGGCCAUAUCGAACGAUGGCGUUCAUGUCACUAUUCCUAUCCACGGGCCAGUGGUCACAGCUGACACACUCAUGGACUACUUCAAAAACUACGCAGGGAGAGAUAAUAGUACUAUCUAUCAUCUGGACAUUGCACCACGGGUAUUGGCUGAGGUAGACUGUAUUCUGUUCUCGCUGCUCAUUCUGAGUGGGCUGAAUGACAGCCGAGGGCUAGUGUGGAGGAGUCAUGCCAGUCACCUCUACAUAGUGGAGGUUACCCUACCCGAGAAAACUACUCAUCAAGAGAGCUUUCAAACUCUUAACCUGCUCAAUCUACUACCUACUGUUCAUUGUACAAGCCCUAGAGAUGUGGCUCUAACGAGACAGCAGCAACUAGGUGCUGAUGUGCUUGGUAUGGAUGAUAAUGAGUUCAAAGGGGCCACUAUUCAGAGAGUGUAUCAGUACCUCAGGAGGCAUGCAGGUGGUCAUAACCUGGACACGUUCUCUUACCAGGGCGGUUCAGUUGAGGGCAAGGUACAAGACUGCCUCAAGAUUAUUCUCAGCAAGUGUGGUAUCAGAGACCCCAGCUGGGCGGAAAUUCACUAUUUUGUAAAGUUUUUGGACAUUCAACUCAACUUGUGUGAGAACUCAGUGUUCUGUAACGAGGCUCUUGUUGGUGAUGUCAUGUCUGGUCUCAAGGGAUUUGUGGUCAAGUUCAUGAUCAGGAUGUCUCAGGAUUUCUCAACACCCUCUCUGGAGGGAGUGCUGGCCAGGGAGAAUCUAGAGGAAGGUGUGCCAGCUGUUGCUGCGGCUGAUGAUAAUGACCAGCUGGAGCAGUACCAGAUUGUUGAAAGAAGGCAGUGGGAGCAAAACUCCCACCCGUAUAUCUUUUUCAAUGAAGACAAUGUGAGCAUCACAUUCGUUGGGUUCAAGGUGACACAGAACGGAGACCUUGUGGAUCCAGCUCAUAAAACAGUGCUUGAGUCAGCAAUCAUGACACAACAGCUCUACACUGGACUCAAACAGAACGGGGUCAACUUCGAUGAGGACUAUCGCGGGUGGAGUAAAGCCCAAAUGAUCACCAAGAUAACAACUGUCAUGGGGUUUAAAUUCAUUGACGAUCCCGAUGGCACCUACGUAUUCACUACGGAUAAUCUUAUAAAGAUGCUGGCCAUCCAGAUGAGAUUCAGGUGUGACAUCCCAGUGGUGAUUAUGGGUGAAACAGGCUGUGGUAAGACCAGGUUGAUCCGCUACAUGUGUGACCUGGCACGGGGUGGCAGGGACCUCAAGAACAUGCUCAUACUAAAGAUCCAUGGUGGGAUAACGGACCUAGAUGUCACCAAAUUUGUUGAGUACGCUGAAGAAACGGCUCGAACCAACAAGGCAGUUGACCCCAGAUUAAGCACUGUGGUGUUCUUUGACGAGGCCAACACCACUGACAGUAUUGGACUCAUCAAGGAGAUCAUGUGUGAUCGGAGAAUUAAUGGCCAACCGUUGUCCAAUAACCUCAAAUUCAUAGCCGCUUGCAACCCAUACAAAAAGCAUUCAAAGGAGAUGAUUAGAAAGCUGGAAGUUGCUGGUUUGGGCUUCUAUGUGAGAGAGACUCAGCAGAAGCUAGGUGAAAUUCCCCUGCGUCAGUUGGUGUACCGUGUACUGGAACUGCCUCCUAGUAUGUGCCCUCUAAUCUAUGACUUUGGGCAGCUCAACACUGCUACUGAAUGUGACUACACCAGUCAGAUUGUUAAGGAUCAUGUGCACGGACACCCCUCUCUGUGUAAUGAGAGUCCUGCCAUCAUUCCAGCCAUAUCAAAAGUGCUGACUAAAUCUCAAAAAUUCAUGAGAGACCAGAAGAAUGAGUGCAGCUUUGUAAGUCUGAGGGAUGUUGAGAGAGCCAUGAUUGUCUUCGAGUACUUCUACGAGAAGAUGGAUCGUGUGUUUGCUCCACUCAUAAACAAGAGAGCAGAAGAGGCCUACAAUGAGUAUGUAGACAGUGAUAAUGAGGAUGAUGAGGCAGCAGUUCUUCCCCCUCGUCUGAACAAUGUUACUAUUGCACUGAUCCUCUCUCUAAGUGUGUGUUAUCGUGCUAGACUACAGGACAGAGAACCUUAUGAAGAGCAUAUCGCAGCAUGUUUCAAUAAUCCACUACUUCUACACGGAGGAGAUGAGCGAUUCAGAGAUGAGAUAAGAUGGUGUGAGGAGGGUUUGCUGGACAACAUGGUGCUUGGCCCUAACAUUGCUAAGAAUGCAGCCCUACGGGAGAAUGUGUUUAUGAUGGCUAUCUGUAUUGAGCUCAGGAUCCCUCUCUUCUUGGUGGGCAAGCCAGGCAGUUCCAAGUCUCUGGCUAAGUCUAUUAUUCAAGAUUCCAUGCAUGGACCAGGAUCACGGUCACCAGUACUGAGGGACUUCAAACAGGUGCACAUGUUCUCAUAUCAAUGCAGUCAGCUCUCCACUCCAGAGAGUGUUAUAGAAGUGUUUAAAGCAGCUGAGAAGUUUCAAGCCAAACAAGAUAUCAAACAGUAUGUGUCAGUGGUUGUGCUGGACGAAGUGGGGCUGGCUGAGGACUCCCCUUCCCUGCCCCUCAAGGCAUUGCACCCUCUGCUAGAAGACGGGACAGAUGGGUCGGGUAAAGAUCAUCAGCAGCAGACUGUAGAGCGCGAGAAGAGAGUGGCCUUCAUUGGCAUAUCUAACUGGGCUCUGGACCCUGCCAAGAUGAACCGUGGUGUCAUGGUAACGAGGGGAGACCCUGAGAAAAAUGACCUGGAACUGAGUGCUGAGGGUAUCUGCUCUAAUGCAGACGGUAAACUGAUCAAGGAGCAACUUCAUAGAUACUUUGCGCCUUUGUCUGAGGCUUAUAUGAACGUUUGUAACAUUUGUAAGAAACAAAAGAGGCAGUUCUUUGGGCUCCGAGACUUUUAUAGCCUUAUUAAGAUGCUCUACUGGAUGUGUGAGAAGUCUGGGGGUCACCCCCUCUCAUGGCUCCAGCUGAAUCAUGCCAUACGCAGAAACUUUGGUGGAUUAGAAUCAAAGGAAAUAAAUCCUUUAGAAGAGUUUAGUAAGGCCAUCACUGACUACUUUGAUGACAACCAAGACUUCAGUGGACUGGAUGACAAGAUGUUGUCGAUAUUGAAGCCUGACUGUAGUCCACUGGGUCUGAUCAAGACUAGCCUUUACACCAAGGACACCACCACGCAUGGUGAGAAUCGCUACCUGCUGUUCCUGACUGAAAACUACGCUGCUCUGGACAUUCUGAAACAUUAUGUGAGAGGAGAAGGGGCGAAUGAUUCAGACCUCACGUCACAACCGUACAUCCUCUUCGGUAGCAGCUUCCCUAAGGAUAAAGGGUACACACAGGUUUGCCGUAACAUCAAUCAGAUUAAGAUUUGCAUGGAGACUGGGCGGACAGUCAUCCUGCUGAAUCUAGAGAAUCUCUAUGAAAGUCUCUACGAUGUUCUCAAUCAGUACUACAUGUACUCUGGCGGAGUGCGCUAUGUGGACUUGGGACUACAGACACACAGGGUCAAGUGCAGGGUUCAUCCUAACUUCAAGCUUAUUCUGAUAGCUGAGAAGGACACUGUGUACGAAAAAUUUCCUACCCCCCUUAUCAACCGCCUUGAGAAGCACUUUGUUCUCACCUCCUCUGUGCUUGAAGAGUGGCAGAGUGAUAUUUUGGAAGAUUUCAAUACCUGGAUUCAAGAUUUCUCAAACACAAGAGGGAAUCACUUUAGUGAAGCCCAUGCAUUCAUAGGCUACCAGAAGGACACACCUGCAGCAGUGGUGUUCCAGGCUACUAAUCUCUUGAAAAGACUACAACGGAAUCCGUCACUUAGUAGCAAGAUUGAACAACUGCAGAGGGCUGGUAUCAUUAGUGAGAACUUUGUUGGCUUGUCCGAGAACUCACCACAAUGGUCUGACUCAGUUCUCAAACUAAGCCAGUUCCUUCUGCUCCAAACAGCUGCUGAUGAUGCAAUUAUCCGUCUUCGUAAAUCCGACCUUUUACAAGAAGACAUUGAGUGUCUUACAAGCUGGUAUUUCAAGCACCAAUACCACACCUCCAUAGGAGAGUUUCUACAGUACGAGUGCAGCCGUCACAAUCGCGAAGUGUUCUUACAGGUCACUACUCACUGUCGACUGAUGACUCGUGAGGAGUUAACCAAGGUCACUGACGCUGUUGGCAUGGACUUUGCACAUUUUGAUCUACAUGAGUUUGAUUCUGAACUGGAUUUCUCAAACAAAAUAGGCCCCAAGUUUAUUCGUGAUGACGUAGAUGAUGCUAAACCAUUCCUGGUGAUUGUACAGUGUGACUCUGGCCAUUUGAAUUCUGACCUUAUUGCGUGUGCCAGAUAUAGGGUCUGCGAUGAAGCCAUACGAGCAAAGGAUAAAAACAAAAUUCAUGGUGGUAACAAUAUUGACGUCACUCGUAUAUUGUUUGUCAUUCACUUGCCACAACAAGAAGUCAAGUCACAGUUCGUGGGCUUUCAAGGGGACCCCUGGAUCUCGGUGCACAUUGAUGAUUUGCGAGCUACUUCUGAGAUUACAGUGAUACCUGAACAAGCGCUGAAUGCAUCUAUUAGUGAACUUUUCAUCGGGAAACUGAGAGAGAAAAACCAGGAGCGACCUGAUUUAGAAGAAAGUGAUGAGCAAGAACUAAAAAAAGGGAGUGACUCUUACUUUAGGAUUGAGACUGGUGAAGAGGAUAGUGAGGGCGAAAUGUUUCAUUCUGCCGAGCAUAGCCAUCACAUGAGGGACGAUGAUAUAUACAGUGAUCAAGACAUGUCUGAUGAAGCAAGUGUGCCAGAUACUCCCCAGCGGCCUAGCAUAUCUAGUUUAGAAGAGGUCAACAGAAUGGAUACUGAAAGUAACGAACCUCAUGUAGAGCUGGCAUAUAGAGACAGUGCUCUCAAUGAUGAGGCAAGCAACAUGAUGGACAUUGAGGAUGCACAAUUGUUUGAUCCUCUACUAAUCGACGUAGCGGUGCCUCCAGUGGAGGCUGACAAGCUGCCUAGUGAUACUAUGCAAAUCAGUUUACCUCCAAGUGAGGAAAUUGAAAGCAUUGUGCCUACAAGUCCCAUCAAAUAUUCUGAUGACGACAAUGCCGAACCCACACCUCUUCCAAUGAAAGCUCAUUCAAUUGCUGAAGUUCCUACUGUUCAAAAAGAAGUUCCAUCAUUCCACUCUCAGCACCACCGGCUGUUGGGCUGUGUGCAAGCUGCUGUAUCAAUGCUCAAAGACACUCUGAAGGACAGAGCAAAGCACAGAAUACUGAAACUCAUGUCACUUAUUCCUAAAACACAUCCAGGUGAGGCUCCAUUCUACGACCUUUUGGUCAAGCUUAUUCACUCGGCUCUGCUGCAGAGAGAAAGUGACCGAGUGGACGAAAGAGAAUGGGUGCUCAAUGAGGCCAUGAGUGGCAGAAAGCUACAGAAUGGAGGUACAUUCAGAAAUGUUCUGGCUCGCCGUAUUGAUGAAGUCAUCACUCCCUAUUUUGCUGAGAUCAUUGCUCAUGUUGACCAGAACUGUAACCUUGAUCUACUCGAUUCCAAAGACCUGAAUUCACCUGUAUCAAGGUUGUGGCUUACCAUAUUCAAGUUCACGGGAGGAAGGAUUGACUUCUCCUCACUAGCAGAGGGCAAAACAACCAUAAAGAAUAACUUCCAGUGCCAAUUUCCUUUCUCGUGGUUUGUAAAAGACAUGGUGAACGCUCAGAGAGCUAACAUGCUAGAUACUGAACAACACCUCCAUAACUCACUGUGUGAGGCUCUGAGUCUAACUGAUAUGGGGACGAUCUUGGGCAGCGUUGAUGAGGAUCACGUUGACAAAUUCUACAAACUCUAUCUUUAUGAUUUUGUGCGUUACAUUCAUAAAAGCAGUCACAAGAGCGAGCUAGGCAAUAUGGAGUACAAGCUAAUCAUGAAUGCGUUGGACAAUAUGACCCACCAUAAUGACUUCUGCUCUGUGGAUGGCCACGAAUCACUGUCUCGGAAAAUAGUGGCUCUCCAUCUUGUUCAUGGCCAGUGUUCUUCCAAGGUGCUCCAGUUUGGUCAGAUUGUAUUGCACAGACCAAGUAUUCUACGCUCCCUAUCCAACAAGGACUCAUUCAGAGUGGCAGGACAAGAUUUCGCUCUUCAUCUGUAUGCGGUGCAAAGAGUGCUAGAAUCGGAUCAGGAAUAUAAUGACCCCACUAGCCAGGACUUGGCCGGCCUUAACCCUCCUUUGCACAAAACUAACCAGGAUGAUCUCACUCGGGACCUUCAGCGAUGGUUAAACCACGUCCGUUUGUCUCAAAAUGUCAUUGACACCAUCUUGAGAUCAAGCUCUGGGGAUGAUACUACCAUCAUGUCAAGGCUGACAUGGCAAAGGAUUAGAGCUCUGCAGAUUUUCGCUGAGAAGGUUUAUCUCCCUCACUGUAAAGUUGAUGGGAUGCGUUUUAUCAUUAGAAGACUUGCGCUAACUUUGAAGUCUCAUUCAGACUUUCUAAAAGAAGUCACCGUCAAGGAAGUCAAAAAAAUAUUGAAUGCUGUGUUCAAUUUUCCAAAACUUAAAGCAGAUAAUAUCACGAAGAAGAAAAUUAGGAAAAGUUGUAAUCGUUUCUUCAUUGAGGUUGUCUCUAGCUUGUGUUUUGGUGGUAUGGAAGCACCAGAAACAGAGCUUGUCAAAUUGCUGUUAGACACUGUCCUUCGAGACAACCAAACUAGCAGGCUUUCUCCUUACAAUGACGAGCAGCAGGAUGAGACUCCUACAAUCAGAUCAUUCUUACUGCAGCUGCUGCUUGAACAUGAACAUGAUCAGGUAAAACAGUACCUAGACGAGUACUUCAAGCGGUCCAUUGCAGUGAUCAGAGGGCAUGGCAUGGACCAGGGACUUUGUCUGCUGUGCAUUCAGUGCUUUGAGGAUUCUCUACGUAAACGAAUAAAUGUUCUCCCUGCUCAAAGCCGGGCUAGCUACAUUGAGCGGAUAUUGGGGGAAGGUUAUUUGGUUCUACAGGAGUAUUUUCAUACACCCUCAGUUAGUCUGCAGUAUCUGGAAUCAGUCGCCGGUGUUCGCCUUUCCCUCUCUGUCCUAGCCCAGGAGCUGAAGAGUGAUCGUGUCAACAGCAGUCUUCUCAGAGUGGCCAGAGAUCUGUGCAUGGACACCAGAGUAAAUGUGAUAGACCCCAAAGGCAGAGUGGACACUACAGGACCAGUACUCUACCUCAUGAGGCUCCUAGUGAGGCAAUUUGGCUUCCCUUGUCUCCAGACUGUCAGCCAGGCCCAUCCCUGGGUCGUCCCCGAGACUCUGAGAAGAGUGGACAAUGAGGAGAAAUCAAUUGACUUGUCUGUGCUGUAUGAGCAGGGGUAUAAAGAUGUGAGAAUUGCUGUUAACACAGCAUUGUACAGCAACGAAACAACAGAACUCGCAGCAUGUGUGGAGGAUGGAGCUGAGGUGUGCUUGUUGGCCUUUGCUUUUUACCAGAAAGCAACUCUAUCUCGAGCAAGCACAGCACCAGCAGUUCAAAUAGAAGCGGAGGCCCUCCAAUUACUAAACACAUUCGUCCAAAAUUACCCAACUAUCUCACCAGAAUUGCUGCAAGUCUUGCGCUUGCUCUUGGCCAACCAACAGGGUGGCACCUUGGCCCAGAUGGUUGUAUCCCCCCACCAGGCACAAGCAGGCCUCCACAGAUCCAUCACUGGCCUUGUGGUGCACAUUGUUACAGUGCUACUGAGCAGAACUAAUAAUGAACUACUGCUGCCAUUCCUUAACAUGCUUACAAAUCCCACUUUACUCAAGAAUGCCUACCUGCCUACCAUGCCUGAGGAUAUGCUGCAGGAAGUGAGACAAGCUGGAGGUGGUACCUUUUAUGAAUGCCCCAACGGUCAUCCCUAUCUAGUUGGAGAGUGUGGACGGCCAGUGGAGCUAAAGACCUGUCGUGAGUGUGGGGCAUCUAUUGGUGGUACCAGCCAUAAGCUUAGGUCUGAUAACAGGACUGCAAGAGUGAACGACACAACUAAGACUGGCCAUGACCUUGGUGCCCCUCAACAACGCACUGUUAAUUCCGAGAGAGAAAGAACCUUGUCUGCUACAGCAGUGAACGUUGUCAGGGUGCUCAUGCAUGCUUCUUUCCUCUGGGCUGCCUGCCACGACCAACAGUUGGAGCUUAUUGUUGAAGUGGUCAAGGGUGUCAGGCCACAGGACCUAGCAGAGUUCUUCUGGUUCCAUCUAGUGAAGGACUUGGAGUGUAUGCAACGUAGCACUGGAAGGGGGAUGGAUGAGUGUGUCAUGAUCAUGCAUCUGGUGCUGAAAGAAAUACUAGGAACCAAUCCUUCAAUUUCCUGUGGGAAGUCGAACCAACUACAAAAUAAGAUUGCACGCAAAGAGUGGGAGCGGCAGUUCAAUAUAACCUAUGUUGAACCAGUUCUCAACCAGCUUGAAGUAGCUAUGGCCAAAGCACUGGAUCUUGUAGCUAAUGACGAUCAACAAGAUCAAGACCGUCUGUUCUACUUGGCCUAUGAGAAGGUCAAGGUGGUUGAUGAGGGGAAGUUGGAGGUACAUUUCUGGAGUUACAGACCACAAAUUUGCCUGGAACAUCUUAAGAGCGCUGUACAAGCUGGGAAUGAGUGCAAAAUUCUAGACACAUUCCUUCAAAAUGAACCGAGCCUACGAGCUACACAAUACAUCCCAGACAUUGUAAGACUACAGCAGUUUAUGUUUGAGACGUUUGACAGACGUUUGGACAAGAGCAAAGCAGAGACCAUGACCAUCAGAGAAUUCCUCAAGGAAGUGAAAGAUACAAGGAAUGAAAACACCAAAAACGAGUGCCAGGAAAUGAUAGAGAAUCUGAAGAAAGCAUGGACUCUAGUAGGACAGAAGCUCAAGAACCAUAACCGACUGCCAGUAGAGGAGAAGUAUUUGAUAACAGAGAUCAAGGACAAAACACCACUGGUCUACUUGAUCCCCACUACCAUGAGGGAAGGGCGCUGUACCACGGCACUUGUUGACUAUCUUGUCCUCACACACAACGAUUUCAUUGAAAAGUGCAGGGGGAUCGUGAGUCAGGGGUCAGAGUCUUCUGCUUCGGCAGUGUGGAAAGAGCACAAGGUCCCCAUCACUCAUGUGCAUCGCUGCCAUUUACUGGAGUAUGAGCAGCAUCUACAGUCCAUCAUCCUCUCUCACUGUCACUACUCACUUACCGUGGGGAGUGGUCAAAACAUCAAGUACGACCUCCCUGCUCUUGAGAAACACAUCCUCAACAGAUUUAUUUAUGGCAAACCAGCUGUUCUUCUGGACAUUCAUUGCGUAGCUUAUCGUAAGGACAUCUACACUGCAGAGACUUUCCAGGAGAUACGACGCAAAGUUAAACCCCAGAUACGACUUCGCCAACGUAUCCAGCAAGACAUAAUAACUGAUCUGCGAACUCCUGACAAACUGAAAGAAUCACUGGAUGUGGUAGACAUUGUCCUUGGGCUGCUUUCAUCAGGAGGGGCCAGCGAUGAUGUUAGGUUGGAAAAGUACAUCUUGUCUACAAAAAUGGGCAACAAACCAUUUAGUGCCAAAGCUAAAGAGCACUGCACGCUUGGUCAUAUACUCUCCUUGUGGGAGACAAUCUCUGUGGAAUUGGCCAGGCAGCUGUGGCAUACUGGGCAGGAACCGUUCGAGGGAAUUCCCGAAGGGUAUUCUGCUGACCUGUCAACUGAUCAGUUGAACGACCUGAAUAAGUGCCUGAGGACCUUUGACCUGGCGCUCUUGCUAGGGAGUUUGUUUGAGUUCAUUGAGGUCCACGUCAAGCACAUAACUGCCAACGAGGAGGAUUUUGCACUGGUCGAAUCUCUCGAACUCUACUGGGACAUGACGGAACAGAGCCCAAUUGACCUUGAUCGCCUAGAUGAGUUUCCUGAAAGUAUUACAGUACCCCAGGCUGUGGCCAUGUGGAAGCAUGUCGCUGAAUACAAGGAAAAUAGACAUUGACACUGAAGUGAGAAAUUUGUAGUUAGUUAUAAAUUAUAGCAGUCAAUUAUUGUUACUAUACAUGUACAUGCGUAGUUUUUUUUGUGAAUUAAUUAUUCAGUUUUAUUUGAAAGUCAAUUGCAAUAUCAAAUUUGUUCUCA